CAGAAGCAAUAAGAUUAAGUGGAUCAUCUGGUGUGCUCUGUGCCUGGUGGAAAGAAGCUUAUUUAAAUUAAGAGGACAGAGAAUCUGUGCCUCAGUCCAGAAAGAAGAUGGGUUCCACCGAAGACCUUGACUAUCCUCAAACCAUCUUGCAAUACAGCAGUGGAUUUUUAGUCUCAAAGGUUAUGUUCACUGCCAGUGAAUUGGGAGUGUUUGAUCUUCUGCUGGAGUCAGGAGAGCCUCUGUCUUCAGGUGCUAUUGCUGCACGCUUGGGUACCAGCACCACAGGGAUGGAAAGACUGCUGGAUGCCUGCGUGGGAUUGAAGCUCUUGGCAGUAGAGCUAACAAAAGAAGGAGCCCUCUACAGAAACACAGAAAUUUCAAACAUCUACCUUACAAAAUCAAGUCCCAAGUCUCAGUAUCAUAUUAUGAUGUAUUACUCCAAUACAGUCUACUUGUGCUGGCACUACCUGGCCGAUGCUGUGAGAGAAGGAAGAAACCAAUAUGAAAGAGUUUUUGGCAUUUCAUCUGAAGACCCUUUUGGAGCAAUGUACAGAUCAGAAGAAGAAAUGCUGAAAUUCAUGGCUGGCCAGAACUCGGUAUGGAGUAUAUGUGGCAGAGAUGUUCUGGCUGCAUUUGACCUUUCCCCGUUCAGGCAGAUCUGUGACCUGGGAGGAGGUGGAGGAGCUUUGGCCCGGGAGUGUGUUUCUUUGUACCCAAAUUCCACGGUCACAAUUUAUGACCUGCCGAAAGUUGUGCAAGUGGCCAAAGAGCAAUUUAUUCCCCCUGAGGAGCAUCGGAUCACUUUCCAUGAAGGUAGGUGCGGACAGUGCUGUAGUGUUGUGACAGCUGUUGCUCCUGAGCACCUUGUCUGCUCAGAGGUACCCCAGUGGAGGAUCAGGUCUCCAGCUGCCCCUUAUGGGCAGUGUGUCCCAGACCACAGCCUCUCCAGCCCAGAUCUGCAGUUCAUUGCUACCACAGGGCUGUCCCAGUUGUGCAUCUGCAGCUACCUUCUGUCAGAGACACAGCUCAGUUAUUCAGCAACCCAGAAGCUCUUUACUCCUGAACAGAACUACUUGAUUUCUUCAGAACAAGGGUACUUUAAAAAAAAAAACAAACCCAAAAGUCUUGCAGUUUUGAAAAACUGCCAUGCCAUGUUAUAAAUCUUCCUAACACUCCCUUUUCUCCUGUGCAGACCUCCUGGCAGAUGUGUGGAAUGCCAGGUCUGCUCUGAGCAAUGGGUUUUCCUUCUCUGGUCAUGACUUGAUUGACUUUCAAGUCCUAAGAUAUUUCAGGCUUUGAAUGUGGGUGAGCUAGCCCAUAUUCCUCUUGGCCGGUCGGUAGAUCUUGGAUGGUCUUUGCACCAUCUAUGAUGAAAAUGAGUGUAGGGAGAUCUAAUUUUUGAUGUUUACAAAGUGUUGGAAUAACUUAAUAUUGCUUGAUGCUCAGAGAGAGAAAAGAAGCCAUGAGGAAGGAAGGGAGUAUAUAAAAACAAAGGUGGAGAAACAUAGGAAAUGUUACGCGUGUCAGUGAUGAUGCAAAGAAAUGGGAGUGGACAUGAAAAGGUAAGAUGCAGACAGAAAAACUGGAAUACAGGUGCUGUGCAAAAGGCGUGGUGAUGAAACUGGUGCUUGGAGGUGAGAUAUGUGUAUUUUUUCCUUAUGGAUUUCUGUUGUAUCUCUGUGGUUACUGAAGGUCUUUGAAAACUUACUUAGAUAAGGGAAAAUUCUUUCCUUUUUUCCAUGACAGAAACCAUGAGAAACUGUCUCCUCUUCUUAAUGCUUUAUGAAUUUGAAUUCCUGUAACUGGAGAAAACUUAGACUCAAAUGCUUUCCCUACAUCAAAGGCUGUUUCAGUUGAACUGCUGCUUUUAAACAUUUCAGAGCUUCUUGAGGCUGAACAAGAACAAAAUCUCCUUUGGAGUGCCACAGAGGACCUUUACCCAACCCUGUUGCUGUCUGAUGUGGGUGAUGGAGAUGGCAAGCCCAGAGUCUUUGGAACUUGACAAAACUGACAAUAUUUGCUGAACUCAGCCCG